CCCGGAAGCAGGCACCGAGAGCAGGUUUGGAGGCCAGGCGGCGGGGCUGCGGCCUCCGGCGGCGGGCAGUAUGGAGGAUGUGAGUGUGCAGAUGCAGGUGGCCGGCGGCCAGCCUGGAGCCUCUCUUUCGGUGCUGGGCGCGCUGGGCGGAGAUGGGGGUGGGCGCAACAUUGACUGGAGGGGCGUCUCCUGCGCGGGGCUGCCUGGGCCUGGGACCCUGGCAGGAGGCAAGCGGGAGUCCGCGGAGUACGCCUCGCGCCAGGCCGGCUUAUUUAAUGGGGGGAGGCUGGACGCUUAGCCCCGUACGGGUGCAUCUUGGGUCCCAGAGCUGGAGCAGCCCGCGGUGCAGGUGUGGACCCGGGCGCAGAGCCGAGUUCUGCUCCUCGAGGCCCCAGGCCUUGGCCUGGAAGGCUGUGACCUGGACCGGCUUCGGCGUCCCACGGGCAGACCUGUCGCUGUCAUCGCCCGGAAACCCACAUUGGAGAAAAACAAUGUCGAGAUGUUUUGAAUCAUGGCAUGGGUUCCUUGGAUCUCAUCCAAAGUGUUGAAGAUGACCCCCUUCUGGACACCCAGCAUCUCCCACGCCACUCAUUACAUGCUCAUUUCAGGCCUAGAUUCCACCCACUUCCCACAGUCAUCAUCGCAAAUCUUCUCAUACUGAUCCAUGUUGUGUUUGUUGUUUUGGCCUUUUUAACAGGUGUACUUUGUUCUUACCCCAAUCCAAUUGAGGACAAGUGCCCAGGGAACUACACCAACCCCUUGAAAGUCCAGACAGUCAUCAUCCUUGGCAAAGUUAUUUUGUGGAUUCUACAUUUCCUUCUUGAACGAUACAUCCAAUAUCACCACAGCAAAGUAAGGAACCGAGGCUAUAAUAAGAUCUACCGGUCGACCAGGCAUCUUAAAAGCCUUGUGCUGAUGAUACAUUCCACUGGCAGCACUGCUCUCCUCCUCCUGCUCUGCCUCCAGCACUCCUUCCCGGAGCCCAGCACACUGUACCUGGACCUCAUUCUGGCCACCCUGGCCCUGGAGCUGCUCUGUUCCCUGACGUGCCUGCUUGUGUACACAGUGAAAAUUCGAAAAUUUAAUAAAGCCAAACCACAGCCUGAUGUACUAGAGGAAGAAAAAAUCUAUGCUUACCCCAUCAAUAUGACCUCAGAGACGGGAUUCAGGACUCUCUCAAGCCUGGAGGAGAUUGUGGAGAAGCAGGGGGACAUCAUCCUGUACCUGAAGCGCCACAAUGCACUGCUCAGCAGGCGGCUAUUGGCCCUCACGACUUCUGACCUCAGCUCUCAGCCAAGUGGGAUUUGACAGCAACUCUAGAGGAGCCCGAGUAGUUUAAGACUGACUGCCUGCUCUUAAGACUGAAUGCCUGCCUGACAAGCUGUCCCAGCGAACUGCAGCUUUGCCAAGUAACAGUCUACAAUUGUUGUUGGAAACCUGAACUUGGUUCUCACCUGCUUGGACGUUUAAUAAGCAGGACCCGUGGAGUGUUUAAAGGGCACUUUGUAGAGCCUUUCUAACUCAAGGGGAAGGUCUGUUUGCACAUUUGAAAUUAUUGCACUGCUUGGUUUAUUCCAGGAUCAAAGGUACAGUUUAAAUAUCUCUGAGCAACUCUCCUUGCAUCCUCCUUAGCAGCCAGUAAUCAUUUGGUGUUUUAGAGAGGAAGUCUGACCUGACAAGCUAUUUAAAGUGGGGCUUUGAUCAAAUGAGGUUUUCCCACUUUAUCCUGGUGAGUGAAGACAUUCUUUCUCCUGGUUAGUGUUUUCUCCACUGAGGCCAGGUGGAUCUUAUAUGUGUGUGUGGUACCGAGUGACCUUGGCCCUUGGAGCCUUUCUAGUGAAUUUCCUCACUAUAGGACCAAGGUCCCCAUAGGGGAUUUUCUUUGCACCUCCUGUGGGUUUCCAUUCUCCAGAAAUAAGACUUGAGGAUCACUUGCACCAGUGUUAGGCCGACCAGUGCUGCUGUGACAGCAGCAGCGCCUGCCACUGGCAGCAGCUGAAAUACUUAGGGAAGACUUCAGGCUUUAACUUUCCUUUGGCCCUUUUUCAAGACAUUGCCGUGUAUUUCAUAUUGACUGGACUGUCAUUGGAUCAAUAAGUUCAGGGAUAGGAAAGGAGUCUUUAGUGGCUUUAAGUUUGUCUGAAAGAUAAAAGAACAACAGUAUUUAGUCCUGGAGUACCCCCCUUCCCCCCAAAAAAACAAGGAAUUCCUGUUGUGGGUCAGUGGUAAGGAACCUGACCAGUAUCCAUGAGGACGUGGGUUCAAUCCCUGGCCAUGCUCAGUGGGUUAAGGAUCCUAAGCUCCCGGGUUGCUGUGAGCUGUGGUGUAGGUUGCAGAUGUGUCUCAGAUCUGGUGUUGUUGUGGCUUUGGUGUAGGCCAGCAGCUGCAGCUCUUAUUUGACCCCUAGCCUGGGAACUUCUGUAUGCUAUAGGUGCAGCCCUAAAAAAAGACCAAAAAAAAAAAAAAAUUCCUGCAUUAUUCUUAAAAAUUAUGAUGGAAAAAAUGUCCUAUCAACUUAUAUAUGGCUAUUAAACAUAUUAUAAUUUCCCAGAUAAAAAGAAGCAUUUUUAUGAGUAAAUGGAAUUUUUUCUACAGUUCUUCUACUGUGCCCUUUUAAUCUAUCAGUUUGCUUUUGGCACCUUUACAUGCUGCCUUAGAAAGACUCUGGUUGAAAGCGUAAAAUGAGGGAGGGAAUAUUUGUGAUUAAGUAUGCUGCUAAUUUUUUUUUUAAUUUAGCCAAUUAAUCAAUAUUUGAUAUAAAAAUCCUUGAGCUUCACCUAACCAUUUGCCAAGGGAUGUAUUUAUUGAUCAUAUCACACUUAUGAAGGGUAAACAUUGGUUUCCUUCAGAUAUGGCCACUGCAGAGCAUUUUGAAGGUUUCCUGCUGAGGACAAGGUGACUGUCUUGUCACCUGAAGCCAAUACCAUUGAAUCCCCAAAAUGACAACAUUGACAAACUAGAGCCAAAAUGUAUUUUUAAAGUUCAGACUGUAUCCAAGUUUCCUGACUUUUCCUCCCUCCCUUCUUUCCUGUCUUUUUAUUUUGUAUUUAUUUUUUCUUCCUUUUCAAUAAGUAUAACUCAAGGCCGUUGCCUUCUAUGGAGAUCCGUCUCUAUGUUCUGGAACAACUUUUGUGUUUACCUGUUUUACUUGAGGAAAACACUGGUGGUAGAUAGUUAAUUCUCCUUUAUUAUUAUUAUUUUUUUGAUCUUUUUUUAAGGGCCUCACCCACAGCAUAUGGAGGUUCCCAGGCUAGGGGUCCAAUCAGAGCUGUAGCUGCUAGCCUACAUCACAGCCGCAGCAAAUGCCAGAUCCAAGCCGUGUCUGCGACCUGCACCACAGCUCACAGCAAUGCUGGAUCCUUAACCCACUGAGUAAGGCCAGGGAUAGAACCUGCGUCCUCAUGGAUUCUAGUCAGAUUCGUUUCCACUGAGCCACAGUGGGACCUCCAAUUCUACUUUAUUUUUAAAUUCAUUUUGGAUCCAUGGUCAGUUUCUAAGGUAUAUGAAUAAACUCUGGUUUACAGAGAAAGGAAUAGUUAGAAUGCUGGAAUAUUCAGGUUCUGAUGGGAUGUUUGUAGGAUCACCAACACUCUUUUCUAAACUCUAUAAUGAACAGUUCAAACAGUAAAAGAAAGUGAAACUAUCAGAAUUAGCAGAAAGGAAUGAAGAAAACUAUUUAUUAUUUAUUUUUUAAUUUUUAUCUUAUGAAGGCUGCACCCUGGCCUAUGGAGCUUACCAGGCUAGGGAUCAAAUCAGAGCUGUAGCGGCUGGCCUAUGCCACAGCCACAGCAAGUUGGGAUCUGAGCUUCAUCUGCAACCUACACCACAGCUCAUGGCAACCCUGGGUCCUUAACCCACUGAGAGAAGCCAGGGAUUGAACCUCUCUCCUGGUGUAUACUAGGAUACAGAUUGAGAAGAAAACAAUUUAAAUCAUUCCGUACACCAGGCGGAUACUGGGCUAGCACCUUGGAUACAAAACUCAGUAAGACCGCCCUAGUUUGCGCUCACAUUCUAAGGAGAAGACAAGGACUUCCAGGCUCUGCAUCAUCCAGAAAUGAUGGCAGAAAAGCCCAAGGUACCUCAGGGACUGCAGAUAAGAGAGUUCCCUGGGGAAGGGCUUUAGGAUCCCAGGAAAAUUCGCAAGUAAACAAGAAGAGUGACCACUGCAGAUGAGCAUGAGCCCCAUGUACAGCUCGAGCCCAAAGUGUGAGGCAAGACUUUGGAGGAGGGACGACCAGCAGCAGUUUCUGGGACCCCUGAUGCUCUUUAGGCCGAGGGGCCUGCACUGGAAUGGAGUCCACUGAAGGGGUGGUUGUUUUUCACCUCAGGGGAAUCAGAGUGUGCAAUGUGGGAAAGUGUGUGGCAGAGUACAUGGUGCUGAACUAGGGUGUGUGUGGUAACAUUUUAUUAAGCAUAGAUCUGUAUCUGAUGUAUUUCUGUACUGCUAAUUUGGAGAUUUUACUUGAAAUGAUAAUAGCAUCAUGACUUAAUUGCAUUUUUUUUCUUUUUUCUUUUCUUUUUUUUUUUUUUUUUUUUUUGCUUUUUAGGGCUAUACUCAUGGCAUAUGGAAGUUUCCAGGCUGGGGUUGAAUUGGAGCUACCGCUGCGGCCUAUACCACAGCCACAGCAACAUGGGAUCUGAGCCUUGUCUGUGACCUACACCACAGCUCACAGCAAUACCAGAUCCCCAACCCACUGAGCAAGGCCAGGGAUUGAACCCCCACCCUUAUGGAUACUAGUUGAAUUCCUUUCCGCUGCACAUAACAGGAACUCCUUAAUUGCAUUUCUGUGAUUACUAAUAAAUUUGAGCUUUCGUUCCUAUUCUUUGGCCUUUCAUAAAUCUUCUGUGAUGUACGUGUGUAAGUCUUUUGCUCAUUAUCCUCCUAGGAUAUUCUUUUUCUUAACAAACAUGGUCUUCCUUCAUUUUAUAUUUGUUGGAAAAAUUUCCUAAUUUGUUUUGAGUUCUUUUGCCUUGUACUCUUCAAACCCUGCAGAUUGGAUUCUGUCCCUUGCGUCCUGGUGGAAAGUUUACCCAAGUGGAUCCCUAAAGCCACACUGGGUGGGAGCCAGCAUUGGCUUGAGGGAAGUUUAUUUAUUUAUUUAUUUAUUUGGUUUUUUUGCCUUUUUUUCUAGGGCUGCUCCUGAGGCAUAUGGAGGUUCCCAGGCUAGGGGUCAAAUUAGAGCUGUAGCCACUGGCCUACACCAGAGCCACAGCAACACAGGAUCUGAGCCGCUUCUGCAACCUACACCACAGGUCAUGGCAACGCUGAUCCUUAACCCACUGAGCAAGGCCAGGGUUCGAACCCCCAACAUCAUGGUUCUUAGUCAGAUUCGUUAACCACUGAACCACGAUGGGAACUCCUUGGCUUAAGGGAAGUUUAAUACAUCCAGGCUUCUGCUGGAGGCCCCAUAGCUCCUUCUUUUUCCUUUGAAACCAAAGUCUUAUAUGAAUUAUUUUCCUAUUUACUCUAAGCAGGGUUCUCCAACCUUGGCACUAUUGACAUUUUGGGGUGGAUAAUCUUUGUUGUGGAGGCUGUCCUGUGUGUCGUAGGAUGUUUAUCAUUUUUCUUGGCUACUAGGAUACCAGGAGCAACCUCCAGUUCUGACAACCAAAAAUGUCUCCAUGCACAGGCCUUUCAGUUCACACUUCGCAUUUAACUGAGAGCUGCCACCCACCAGAGAGGGAACCAGGGUCAUUCAGACAGAGAAGGUUUCUGUUCUCACAGAGUCUACACAGGGGUUGGGGAGAAGGUGGGGGAGGGGUAGAGGGAAGGUGGAAAUGAACACAGUAAAGAUAUCAGCCACCUAACCUAUCAGGUUUGAUGAGCAUGAUUCUUCUGUAGAUUAGCCCUCAUGGAGAUUCAGACACUAAUGCGACUUGUGGAGAGAAUUUAGCUUACAUGUUCUGUGAGCAUUUAGAAAACUGAAUGACAAAAUGAACCGUAAGUCCCCUCCCCAUCCUUUUACAGAAGACAUAGUUAUUUAAUGAUCUCACAACCUGAUCAGAGAUGCUCUUAUGCAUCUUGAAUACAAAACUCAGGUGGGAGUCUCUUGAAUUCUUGAAGAAACAAAGCUCAAAUAUAUGAGAAUAUAAAUCACAAAAAUCUUGAAACAUUUCCUGUAAUAGUUUAUUUGUAAACCAAGUAAGCCUGUCUGUCUCUAAUUCUUCCCCUCCCUUUCUCUCUAAACCAGUCUAUCUUUUCACCUGGCUGCUCCACUGGAACCUUUUCUUUUUUUUUUUUUUUGGUCUUUUUAGGGCGACACCCAUGGAAUAUGGAGGUUCCCAGGCCAGGGGUUGAAUUGGAGUUGUAGCCUCCAGCCUGCACCACAGCCACAGCAACGCCAGAUCUGAGCCACAUCUGCAACCUACACCACAGCUCACGGCAAUGCCAGAUCCUUACCUGCUGAGCAAGGCCAGAGAUCAGACUCCCGUCCUCAUAGAUACUAGUUGGCCGUCCUCAUAGAUACUAGUCAGAUUCUUAACUUGCUGAGCCACAAUGGGAAAUCCCCUAAGAGUUUUUAAGAUGGGCAUACACAUUCCCUGGUGGUUCAGCGUCUUAAGUACCCAGCAUUGCCAAAGCCUCAUGUAUUUAACUAUAUAAAAACUAACAUUUCCCCUUGGGAAAGACUCUUUUAACAUGAACAAGACAAGAUUAUAGGACAAAAAAAGAAACUGGAUAAAAAUAUUUAUAAGUCACAGAUUAAGAGUGUGAUUUAUGAUAAGAGGGAAAUACAUGGCACACCCUUGGAAUUCCCUAUGUGAUAAGAGCAAUAGGAGCACCUUUGGUCAUAAUAUUUGGUCUGCUGUCAUCAUUCUUGAAUAGCUGCACAUCCAUAGAACUGAGAAGAUAACAAGCCCUUUCAACCCCAGCUGAGCUGAAGUUCAUGAGGUGACGUGAGGCCCUAAGGAUGGGGUUUUGCUGCCUGAGAAGCCAGCCAAGUGAUUAGAGGGCUGGACCCUACCAUCCCUUCCCUAGCAGCCUCCAAGAAGGGAGGGGGAGAGGCUGGAGGCUGAUUCAGUUACCAGUGGCCCACGAUGUCACCCCUUGAGCCUAUGGAAUGAUGCCUCCAUAAAACCCCCAAAGGAUGGAGCCCAGGUGUUCUUGGUGAGCACUUGGAGAUGGGGGGAGUGUGCUGUGCCAGAGGGGCUGGCAGUUCUAUGCUAGCUAGUCCCACUCACCUUGUCUUCUGCCCCCUUUCCAGCUCACCAUUCCUGGGUUAUUUCCUUUUAGAAUAAACCAGUAAAGGUGUUCCCAUUGUGGUGCAUCAGAAACAAAUCCAGCUAUCAUCCAUGAGGAUUCAGGUUUGAUCCCUAACCUCGCUCAUUGGGUAAAGGAUCCGGUAUUGCUGUGAGCUGUGGUGUAGGUCGCAGACACAGCUCAGAUCCUGGGUUGCUGUGGCUGUAGUGUAGGCCAGCAGCUAUAUCUCCGGUUUGACCCCUAGCCUCGGAACUUCCAUAUGCCACAGGUGUGGCUGCAAAAAAAAAAAAAAAAAAAGAAAGAAAGAAAGAAAGAAAACAAAACAAAAGAAAAAGAGAGAAUAAACCAGUAAAGUAGUAAUUAAAAUGUUUUCUGAGCUCUGUGAGCUGUUCUUGGAAAUUAAAGGAACCCAAGGUGGGUUAGGGGUUGGUUGUGAGCAACAUCCUAAAUUUGUGGUAACUCCAGAAGUGUAGGUGGGGUGUGGGGGGCAGAUUGGGGGACUGAGCCCCUGUAGGAGCUGAUGGUAUCUCCAGGCAUGUGGUUUCUCAGGCCUUCCAGACACUUGGCUUCUGCCUGGAGUUCAGCCAGGGCUGGGGCCACUGCCACUGGGGCUGCACUGAGCUGAGUUUCUCAGGGGGCCAGGCUGCAGGGUCUCUGCCCUGAGCUGCAGGUGUACCCUGGGAUCUCAGUCCUCAUAUAAUCCUAUCGAGUCUUCAGAACUUUUAAUUGCAGCUGCCAAGAGGAGCCCUUCUCAUGGUCUGCACUCAAUGGUUUGCAGCUCAGCUGGUUAACUGCUCUUCCAGCAUCUGGAAGCUCAGGGAAAAUGAAGCCAAGAUAAGCAGGUUUCUUGGUCAGGAGAACAGUUGUUGCCUCAAAUCAUUAGUUGCUAUGGAUGAGAAGAUAUUUCUUCCUAGAAAACCUCUGGGUUUAGUUCAGGUGGUCCUACCCACUGCUGCAGGCCAGCUGAACACAGAAUAUCCUCUCUUAACCCCAUUCUUUUAUUUCUCUACCUUUCCUACUAGCCCAUCUACACCCACAUCCCAUCUAUUUAGUAUCUAUCCUAACUCUCUGUGGAAAGAGCACAGGCUAUGGGACAGAUAGAUGUACCACAUGCAAAUUAGAACACAGCCUUGGUCAUCUGUCCAAGUAGUUUGGGGGGAUUUAUUUUAUAUCCUGAAGGGGUCAGAACAUGUCACCCCCAAAUAUGCCUUCUUAGCAUAUGAGGUAUUUGAGAUGAAGGCAGUCAAGAUACAGCAGGCUCAUUUGUGGGGGAAAUCUACAAUUAUAAAUUAUAUCAUAUAAAUUGUAAAUCAUAUCAGAAAGGGUGUCUGAGCAGGAAGAGAGCAAUUGCCAGAUGUGACAUAAAAUUCAUAUUUUAUGGCAAGACAUGAAAACUUAAACAUUAAACAUUUUCUCUGCCCUUUGGCCUCCUUUCUCCCCUCUACUGUGCAUUAUGUAUCUGUAUUAUGCAUCAAUUGGACCUCCCCAUUGGCAGAAAUACCUGAUCAACCAUAAAGAGCACCAUUCUCCCAGCACCAAUAAGACAAAUCUUUAAAAGAUAACAUUCCUUCUUGAUCUUGGAAGGGGCCACAAUGGCCCAUCACUUUGUACUUACAGAUCUGGAUUGUGUAGAAUGACAGUAAGACAUUCAUUUAAUAUACAUAAGACCAUCAUUUAAUAUACAGUCCUUUGUCUCAAAAACUUAUGUAACUGUGCUUGGACUUCUAACUAUCAGAGCCCUGCUUGGGCCUUUCUGAGAUGCUGUUCCUGGAUUAUAAUCCUCAAUUUGGUUUGAAUAAAAUUUUCCAUUUCUUUCUUAGA